AUGCGGGUGAGGAAUGGCUCUGCUCACAAUGGUGCUCUGUCCCUGUGCAUGCGUGAGAGCAUAUGCGUGGCUCAGACACCCAAGGAGCUCACACCUACUGGCGAGUGGAAAAUGAGCUUUGGCAGUUCACAGAAGAAAAGCAAAGGGCUCUUGAGCGGAGUCUUCACCGAGGAUCGUGAAAUCCCUUUUCCUUUGCUCAUCUGUGUCAUACUCUUCCAUAGGCCCAGCAACCGACGGAGAGGAUCAUGCACUGAAGGAUGGUACCACGUCUUCCCUGGUGAGAAUCUGAGGACAAAGAUUCUGCCCACCGUGAGUGUCACCCCAAAGGUCAAGAGUCGCAGGACGAAGUUUGCUGAAGAGCAGCUGCUAAAACAUGGAUGGACUGAAGGCAAGGGCCUGGGCCGGAACGAGAAUGGCAUCACCCAGGCCCUCAAGGUGACCCUGAAGCAAGACACCCAUGGGGUGGGACAUGACCCUGCCAAGGAGUUUACAAACUACUGGUGGAGUGAUCUCUUCAACAAGACUGCAGCCAGCUUGGUAGUGGACACAGGGAAGGAUGGAGUGCGUCUUUCCACGGAGACCACCCAGCGAAAUCACCCCAAGCCCAAUCUGCUAUACCAGAAGUUUGUGAAGACAGCCACACUGACCUCAGGUGAAGAGCGCAGCAGUGAUGGCAGCCACGAGCCUCUGCCUCCAAAGAUUCUGACUGAUGAGAUGCUACUCAAAGCCUGUAAGGGGCGAACAGCACACAAGGCUGCCCAGAUUGGAAUCACAAUGAGGGCCAAAUUUGCUCACCUGGAGGCCCAAGAGCAGGCCUUCCUGGCUCCGUUCAAAGGCUCGGAGGAUGUGGGCACCUCUCAACCACAGACUGACAGGGAGCCCUCCAGAAAGAAGAAACAAAAGAGGAAACAGAGAGAGGAGGAAGAGGCUGUAACACCUGAAAAGAAUGUAGGUGAGGCACUCCUACAAUACACUGACCAGAGCGUUAAGAAAAGCAGGAAGAAGAAACGGAGGCAGAAAGAAGAGAAAGAGGGAAUGGGUGUAGGAAGUGGGGAGGAAGAAGCUGAAGGAGAAAGUGGGCCUAGAGAGCUGAGCACAGUGCAGUCUGAUCAGUCAUCUAGGAAAAAGAAGAAAAAGAGGAGGCAGCGCCAUGAAGAAGAGGGGGAGAUGGAAGUCUGUGAUAAAGGAGGCAGAAAUGUGACAGGCAGGCCAAAGGCAGUGGACAGUGGUGCAGGCAUAGACCCGUGGAGAAGCAGCAAGAAGCUGCAGCACUGUGGGGAGGACCUGGACACCCAAGAUGAAGAAGAGAAGGAUGGCUUAACAAAGAGAGAGAGAAAGGUCAGAAGAGGCGAGAAGAAAAGACAGAAGUGUCUUGAGGAGGUGGUCUUGGAUGUAAGCGAUAAAGAUGAUGAUAGCAGGACUUGGGAAGUAGAGAGUGAAGGGGAGAGAAGUCAGGCACAUCCAAAGGAGAGAGCUGGUAUCAACACUGACCAGAGAGCCAAGAAGAAGAAGCAGAAGAGGGACCGGAGGUCUCCAGGGGCUGGGGCACCGAGGCGACAGGGCUGCCUACAGUGGCAAACCCCGUCUGGCUGGGUUCGGGGGCGCUGUCUGGGAGCACUGAGAGACAAUGCAAAAGGGUGCGAGAGUGAAGACUUCGGCGUGGCCACGGGCGAACGAGACCCGCGCGGCUCAGCCGAGACCGAGACCGACGCGCGUGCUGCGUCACAAAGCGCGCCGUGGGCGCCCGAUUCCGGAGCAAAGCCGCGGGAGGCGGGCGGUGCCCACCGCGGGCACGCGACGCCCUCUGCAGGCCGCAGGCGGCAACACGGGUAG